AUGUCAUAUAGUCAGAGCUGUAGCCCCUAUUUCGAAGCUUUUAAUUCUUCUGGUAAAUCUAUUGCUCCCAAUGCAUGUAUCAAAGCACUCUCAUGUUCAACUGAAGUUUGGAUUAAUGGCCACUCGGUGCUGGUGGCUGUGAAAUGGUAUUGUUUUUAA